AUGGACGGAGAAGAGCUCACCGAACAGGAAACUGCUCUGUACGACCGGCAAAUUAGGGUUUGGGGCGCUGGUGCUCAAAGGAGAUUGAGUAAAUCACAUGUAUUGGUAUCUGGAAUAAAGGGAACUGUUGCUGAGUUUUGCAAGAACAUUGUGUUGGCAGGAGUUGGUAGUGUGACUCUGUUGGAUGAUCGGUUUGUGACAUCGGAAGCAUUCAACGCAAACUUCUUGAUUCUUCCUGAUGAAAACGCUUAUGUAGGCAAAACCGUAGCUGAGGUUUGCUGUGACUCACUUAAGGAGUUUAACCCAAUGGUCCAUGUUUCAGUAGAAAAAGGUGAUUUAUCAACACUUGGCGUUGAGUUUUUCAACAAGUUUGAUGUCGUGAUUAUCGGCUACAGUUCUCGUGCUACUAAGAAAGCAGUAAAUGAGACAUGUAGGAAGCUUACAAAGCGUGUUGCGUUCUACACAGUCGAUUGUAGAGGCUCGUGUGGCGAAAUAUUUGUUGACCUGCAGAAUUAUAAGUACGCGAAGAAAAACCCUGAUGAAACAGUAGAAUGUGAACUAACAUUUUCGAGUUUUGAGGAGGCAGUUUCAGUUCCAUGGAAACCGAUUCCAAGGAGAACAGCAAAGCUCUACUUUGCAACGAGAGUGAUAGAACUAUUUGAAGAAACUGAGGGUCGUAAACCUGGAGAAUGUUCAGUUUCUGAUCUCCCAAGUGUCUUGAAACUCAAAAAGGAACUCUGUGAGGGAAAUUCGGUUAGCGAGAAUCAUAUACCGGAUAGCCUCUUGGAGAGACUCGUCUCUAGUAAUUCAGAGUUCCCACCAGCUUGUGCCAUCAUUGGAGGGAUAUUAGGACAGGAGGUGAUAAAAGCGAUAUCAGGCAAAGGAGAGCCAUUGAAGAACUUUUUCUACUUUGAUGCAGAGGAUGGGAAAGGUGUAAUCGAAGACAUAUCCAAGGCUUGA